AUGAGCACCCCGAACGAUGAGACGCCGUUGGUGGGGUCCAACGGCAAGAUGCAGUAUAAAUCGCGUCGCAAAAACGCGACAACGCCUGAGGUCGUCACGCGCCGGAGGUCACAGCGUCGCCCCAUCACACCCGCAGAAGCCGAAGCCCGCGCCGCCACCGCCUUUGCAGACGCCGCCGCUGCCUCCAAGGCGUGGGCCGAGAGGAAGGGUAGGGGGAGGGGGAAGAGGAAGGCGGCGGCGGAGGAGGAGAAGCAGGCGCCAGAGCCCCAACCUCUCCCGGCGCGCAUGGCGAGGCUGGGCCCGGGGCAGGGGUUAGGGUGCGAGGCGGCGGUGGGGUCGCUGGCGCCCAGCCGGAGCCGGGAGUACAAGCUCUGCAGCAAGCACACCGAGGGCAAGCGCCCGCUCUACGCCAUCGGCUUCAACUUCAUCGACGCCCGCUACUACGACGUCUUCGCCACCGUCGGCGGCAAUCGUGUGACGACGUACCGUGGCCUCCCCGACGGUAACUUGGCUGUUCUGCAAGCAUACAUUGAUGCGGACGAUGCUCAGUCAUUCUACACUCUGAGCUGGGCUUGUGACCUUGACGGCACACCACUGCUAGUGGCAGCAGGAAGCAAUGCGGUCAUUCGGGUCAUCAACUGUGCCACCAAGAAGUUGUUUAAGAGUUUUCUUGGCCAUGGUGAUUCAAUAAAUGAGAUAAGAACUCAACCAUUGAAGCCUUCGCUCUUCAUUUCUGCAAGCAAGGACGAGUCUGUUAGGCUAUGGAAUGUCCAUACAGGUAUCUGCAUCUUGAUUUUUGCUGGAGGAGGAGGUCACCGUAAUGAAGUAUUGAGUGUUGACUUCCACCCUUCUGAUAUCUACCGAAUUGCCAGUUGUGGCAUGGAUAAUACUGUUAAAAUCUGGUCAAUGAAAGAAUUUUGGCCAUACGUGGAGAAAUCCUUUACAUGGACUGACCUUCCAUCAAAAUUUCCAACGAAAUUUGUUCAAUUUCCGCUCAUGACUUCCGUGGUUCAUUCUAACUAUGUUGACUGUACUAGGUGGCUUGGUGACUUCAUCCUGUCGAAGAGUGUUGACAAUGAAAUUGUUCUGUGGGAGCCAAAAAUAAAAGAGCAGGGUCCCGGCGAGGGUAGCAUUGAUGUUCUUCAGAAGUACCCUGUGCCUGAUUGUGACAUUUGGUUUAUCAAAUUCUCAUGUGAUUUUCACUUCAAUCAAUUAGCAAUAGGCAACCGCGAAGGCAAAAUCUAUGUGUGGGAAGUGCAGGCGAGCCCUCCUGUGCUAAUUACCCGGCUGAGUAGUCCACAAUGCAAAAUGCCAAUAAGGCAGACUGCAGUGUCGUUUGAUGGAAGCACGAUCCUUGCCUGCGGCGAGGAUGGCAGCAUAUACCGCUGGGAUGAAGUGGAACAUCAAGCUGCAAAAAAUUGA